UUUUCAACCUUCACUACUGCUUUCACUGUAGGGGCACCUUCACCGGUCGUGCGGCAUAUAGUGGUUUAAUAAGCAAAAUAAUACUACACCAAUAGACAGUAUGUCGUUUCGUGUCUUUAGCAAGUUAGCCCCUAGAGUUCUUUAUUCAAAGAAUCCAGCAUUAGUUGUCGUGACUGCCAGAAACGUCAGUGCAUCCACAAAUUUAAAAGAUGUGCUGGCAGAUCUUAUACCCAAAGAACAGACCAGAAUAAAGAACUUUAAGCAGCAACAUGGCAAAACCAACAUCGGGCAAAUCACUGUGGAUAUGGUCUAUGGAGGGAUGAGGGGCAUGAAGGGCCUAGUAUAUGAGACCUCUGUGCUUGACCCUGAUGAGGGCAUCCGUUUUCGUGGCUACAGCAUUCCAGAGUGUCAGCAGCUUUUGCCAAAGGCUGCAGGGGGUGAGGAACCACUGCCUGAGGCUCUCUUCUGGCUGCUGGUAACAGGCCAGGUGCCCACUGAGGAACAGACAAGCUGGUUGUCUAAGGAGUGGGCUAAGCGGGCAGCCUUACCAUCUCAUGUGGCCACCAUGCUGGAUAACUUUCCCACCAAUCUGCACCCCAUGUCCCAGUUUAGUGCUGCAAUCACUGCCCUGAACAGUGAAAGCAGCUUUGCCCGAGCCUAUUCUGAGGGAGUUCACAAGAGUAAAUACUGGGAGUUUGUGUAUGAGGAUUCCUUAGACUUGAUUGCCAAGCUUCCCUGUGUGGCCGCUAAGAUCUACCGCAACCUAUAUCGUGAGGGUAGCAGCAUUGGAGCCAUCGACAGCAACCUUGACUGGUCCCAUAAUUUUACCAAUAUGCUGGGCUACAGCGAACCACAGUUUACAGAGCUCAUGAGGCUCUACCUCUCCAUCCACAGUGACCAUGAAGGUGGUAAUGUCAGUGCCCACACCAGUCACUUGGUGGGCAGUGCUCUGUCUGACCCCUACCUUUCCUUCAGUGCAGCAAUGAAUGGCCUGGCUGGACCGUUGCAUGGUCUGGCUAACCAGGAAGUACUGGUGUGGCUAACAGCUCUUCAGAAGGAGCUUGGCGGUGAAGUGUCAGAUGAAAAGAUGAGGGAUUACAUCUGGAAUACACUAAAAUCUGGACGGGUGGUGCCUGGAUAUGGGCAUGCCGUCCUGAGAAAGACAGACCCACGCUAUACGUGCCAGCGGGAAUUUGCCCUAAAGCACCUCCCAAAUGAUCCCAUGUUCAAGCUUGUGGCUCAGCUCUACAAGAUUGUACCCGGUGUGCUUCUGGAGCAGGGCAAGGCUAAAAACCCUUGGCCCAAUGUUGAUGCCCAUAGUGGGGUUUUACUGCAGUAUUACGGCAUGACUGAGAUGAACUACUACACGGUGCUGUUUGGCGUGUCCCGAGCCCUGGGUGUGCUGGCUCAGCUGAUUUGGAGCAGAGCAUUGGGCUUUCCUUUGGAGCGGCCAAAGUCCAUGAGCACUGAUGGACUGAUGUCCCUAGUAGGAGUCAAGUCUGGUUAGAGAUACAAGGUCAACUGUUCAAGAAGAUGGGAGCAGAAGGUUUGAUGAGCCCUUGGACUAAAUGAUUCAAAGCUAAAGUUCAUAUGUAACUUUUACCCAUAUUGAAAAUGCCCUCAUUUAUUUAUUGGUUAUUGUUAAGACUUGUAACAGUCAAAUGCAAUGAAACAAUUUUAGUCAAACAAUGACUGACUUGUGUUUUAUUAUAUAUCCAAUACCAAUACCGAGUACUGCUGUGUUUUUCUUUUAUUUUUCAGUUGUGGGUAACUUAAGAUAACUGAUUUGGGGAACUUUGCAAGUGAACAAUUUUUUUAUUAGUGUCAUUACUGUUUAGUGCUCCUUAUCAUUUGUGUAUUUACCAUAUAUUGGAAUAAACAGCUCUCACAAGGUUUGUAUCUAGCCCAAAAGAAACUACACUUAUUUCCCAUUUGCAAUGUUCAGAUCUUUCUUAGCAGUUUUAUUAGACACCCUUACCACAGCUCAACUAUUUCUCCCUGUACAACAUCCUAAACUUUACAGAUAUAGCUAGCUAGUUCACAAUUUCAAAAAACGAAUCAAGUUUUCCACAGCUUACAAUUUAAAUUCUAUGUAAAAAGUCUGAAUAACUAUGGUUUGUACUUACAAUCAUUGUGUAAGUACUUAUGUGAUUUUACUUGUUUUGUAAAUAAGUGUAGAUUGAUUUUAGUGGAUCAAAUCAAGAUUUAUCACAUUUCAAUGUUUCACACAGAUUUCACUCUCCCCACACAGUUUUAAUGCAUCUACAAAUAAAUCUUUUUAUGAUGUC